AAGAUGAAGCGUUUCCUGCUGAUCGUCGCCCUCUGUGGAGCACUUUCUUGUGCCUUGCCUGUAAUCCAAGAAACUGAACAAAUCUCCAAAGAGGACAUGAUGCUUGCCAAGAAAUAUAUGGAAAGCUACUACCCUGAAUCAGACUCAACGCCUGUUGUAAGAAGCAAAAUCAUCCCUGAACACAGAAUACUACAAAUGCAGCAGUUCUUUGGACUGAAAGUGACAGGCAAACUAGAUAAAAACACUUUGGAUGCAAUGAAAAAACCCAGGUGUGGCGUUCCUGAUAUAGGGGAAUACAAUACUUUUCCCAGUUCUCCAAAAUGGAAAAAGAACGACUUGAAAUAUCGUGUUCUGAACUACACACCAGACAUGGACAAGGCAGAUGUAGAUAAUGCAAUUGCGAGAGCCUGGAAAGUGUGGAGUGAUGUGACCCCCCUGACCUUCACCCGGGUUUAUGGAGAGUCUGCAGAUAUAGAUAUUUCUUUCGCUGCUGGAUCCCAUGGUGACUAUAUUCCCUUUGAUGGACAAGGUGGACAGCUGGCUCAUGCCUACUCACCUGCCUUUGGUGGAGAUGCCCAUUUUGAUGAGGAUGAAAUAUGGACAAGAGAUUUGAAAGGAACUAACCUGUUUCUUGUUGCUGCCCAUGAGUUUGGCCACUCCCUGGGACUUGGGCAUUCCAGGGUUUGGGGGGCCCUGAUGUUUCCAACCUACCAGCCUUGGGAUCCCCAGAACCUCAGGCUGCAUCCAGAUGACAUUGAAGGCAUCCAACAUCUGUAUGGAUCCCCUGAAGAUAGUGAAGGUUCAUCAGGAAACAAUGUACCACCACCAGUCGUUCCAACAGAAGCACCAUCAACAGACAUGUGUGACCCUCACCUAACUUUUGAUGCAGUUACUACUCUCCGAAAGGAAACUGUGUUCUUUAAAGACAGCUUCUUCUGGAGAAAGAAUCCCUUGAGAAGAGACAUUGAAAAAACUCCUAUUUCUGCUUUCUGGCCAGUGUUGAGCAGUGGUAUAGAUGCUGCCUAUGAAAAUGAAGUUGAUGACACAGUAUUUCUUUUCAAAGGACAUAAGUACUGGGCUACCAAGGGAAGCAUCAUUCAGCCUGGAUUCCCAAAGAACAUCCACCACUUGGGCUUCCCCAGAACAGUUCAGAAAAUUGAUGCAGCUGCUUAUGACAAAAGCUCAAAGAAAACAUACUUCUUUUCAGGCAACAGCUAUUGGAGAUACGAUGAAGCCAAGCAUUCCAUGGAGAAAGGCUAUCCAAGGAAGAUAACGGUGGAUUUCCAUGAAACUGGUCACAAGGUGGAUGCUGCUUUUCUAGUCAAUGGACAUCUCUACCUCUUCAACGGCUCCAAGCAAUAUGAGUUUGACAGCAGAACCAAACAAUUUCUGGGAGAAACGAAGAGCAACCGCAGGCUUGGCUGCCAAUGA